AGAUUGAUCGAAUUCAUUUAUCUGAUAAACUAAAACAAUGAGAUUUAGUUUUUAACUACAUACUACAUUAAUUUGUGGUACAGAUAUUUAUAUAACUAACUGACAGCCAGAAUGACACCCUACAAGAAAAGCUGGUACUUCAGUCGUUGGCUCUUACUCUUGUCGAUAUUUUACACAUUCUUCGGAACAGCAUCAGGAAACUGCGAUCAGUUAUAUUUUAUGAAAAGCAGUACGCAUCCAAAUUUCGCUGUAGAUGGUAGUGAUCCGAUGGUAGUGAAAAUACAAACGGCUAAGGACGAUUCUAUACAAAAAUGGCAGUUUGUUGGGGCUAACCAUGUAGGCCUGUUCCACAUUUUCAAUAAUGAUACAGGCACAGUUUUGGAAGAAGAUCUUAAUAACUGCGUUCUAGGACUAUAUCCAUAUUGCAGGGUGCGACUUAGCCCCGUAGAGUCAAACAAACAUGUGCAAAAAUGGUUCUUAAACUCCGACGGGACAAUUACUAAUGCGUACUCCCUGCAAAAUUUGGAUAUUUACCGUCGGGUUUAUGAACCAGGAACUGAGGUAAUUACGUACAGAGAAAAUUUAGGCGCAAAUCAACUCUUUAAAUUAGAAGAAACAUCAUAAAUUCUACUCCAGCUUUGUAAAAUUGAUGCAGAACUACUGCUAAUAUUCAUAUGUAUUUGUAUUACUUUAUCUUAACUUUUAAAAACUAUCGUAAGAUAAUAAAAGAUAUAUAUAUAUUAUUUUAUAAAGUUAAUAAUCUACUUUGAUAAGACUACAUUCGGAUGUAAUAAACUCACCCAACAAACAGAAGAUUUAUCACAAAUCUAUACAUACCAUUUUUAAAUACUUCAAAAUUUCAUAGACGGUCAAACAGAAUGGCAUCUUAUAAAAUUAAAUGGUAUACCAACUUUUAUCUUGUGUUGGCAUUUUAUACGAACUUUGUACUAACAUCAGGAGACUGUAAAGACCUUUAUCAGCAACAGCUUUUAAGAAGUACUGCCUCAGCUAUGGUUGUCGAAAGCACAAAUCCUUCACAGGUACAACUACAAGUAUUUCUUAGCACUGCCCAACAACUGUGGUCGUUCCAACGUGGUUCUAGAGCUGGUUUAUUUUACAUCCUGCAUGAAUCUUCAGGAAUGGUCUUAGACAUCAACAUCUGUGACAGUGAGGGGCAAUCUUGCACUUUAAAACUGACUUCUCUAAAUCCAAACAAUCGUCAACAACAGUGGUUUAUCAAUAAAGACGGAACAAUUGCUAAUUCGUUCAAUCUUAUGAAUUUGGAAGUUCAAGGUGGUAUUUAUGCAAAAGGAACUCCUAUCGUCAUCAGCAAUCCAAAUGGUCUUCUGCAGCAACAAUUUACCCUACAAGAUAGGAGUCAGUAGUUUUUCACAUAAAAAUAAUUAACCUACUCUGUGAAGAAUUACAUAAAUUGUGCAUUUAAAAAUA